CUGGAGGGGAGAAUGAGGGUGAGGAGGAGGGAGCUAUGAAUGAUCUAAGUAUCAGGGAAUGAAUGCCAUGAUCACAGCUUGAUUCAGGGACUUUAACCCAGAAACACAUACCGGACAAAUAUGAACGGGUAGCAGCGAUGGAGAAGCAGUCCUGGGACCUUUGAAAAUCACCUGCUGGAUGUGGUGGCACACACCUUUAAUCCCAAUACUCAGGAGGCAGAGGCAGCUGGAUUUCUGAGUUUGAGGCCAGCCUGGUCUUCAUAGUGUGUUCUAGGACAGCCAGAAUCACACAGAGAGACCCUGUCUUGAAAAACCAAAAAAAAGGAAAAAGAAAGAAAAUCACCUGGCCAUGAGCUCUAUGUUGUGACCGAAGGUGGGAGCCAAGAACCAUGGGGAGCAAAGGGGAGAGGACUUAGCUGAUCCAGAAGAAAUGUAGGUCAACAGCUAUGCCACUCCUGGGCAUUCACCAAUACCCCAAGUCAGUGCCUCCAGAGAUACGUGAACAUCAGUGUUUACUGUAGCACAAUUCACAGUAGCUAAGUUAUAAAAACAAGCUACAUGUCCACCAACCGAGGAAUGGUGUGGUUUAGAGACUGAUGAUUUCUUUUUAGCCCUAAGGAAGAAUGGAGUUGUAUCAUUUGUCGGAAAACAGAUGCACCUGGAGCUACCAUGUUAAGUGUGUCUGAGAAAAACAGAACCCUUGGACAUGGCUGACUUUGGAGCAGAUGAGCCCUCCUCCAGGUCAGAGAGUCCUGAGCCAGAGGGCAGGGGCUCUGAGGACAAAUCACUGCUCCAUCAGAGGCUGGCCAUCAGAGAGCUCAUCGACACAGAGGUCUCCUACUUGCACAUGCUCCGACUGUGUGCCUCAGACAUCAGGAGCCGCCUACAGCAGCUGCCACCAGGAGAUCUGGAUGUCCUGUUCUCAAACAUUGAUGACAUCAUCCAAGUGAGCGGCAGAUUCCUUCAGGGGCUGCAGGAGACAGCCUGCAGGGAAGAGGAACAAGUGCACCUGAUUGGUAACUUAUUCUUAGAAUUCCAAGAGGAGUUUGAACGAGUCUAUAAAAUCUACUGUGCCAACUACGACCAGGCCCUGCUGCUGGUCAAGGCAUACCAGAAGGAGCCGGAACUACAGAAGUCGAUCCAGGGCAUCAUCGAAGCAGCAGUGCCGCAAGCUGGACCUUCAGGUCUCAGUUUCUUGCUUGUAAUCCCUCUGCAGAGGAUUACCAAGUACCCCCUGCUGCUGCAGAAAAUCCUGGAGAACACACCCAUGGAUGCCAUUGCCCACCCUGUCCUUCAGAGAGCCACCUCUGCCCUCCAGGACGUGAACAGCAAUAUCAAUGAGUACAAGAUGCGCAAGGAAGUGGCUUUAAAGUAUACCAAGGUGGAGCAGCUGAGCCUUCGGGAGCGGUUGGCCCGCAUCAACACACAUACUCUUUCCAAGAAGACCACCAGACUGAGCCAGCUGCUGAAGCAGGAGGCGGGGCUGGUACCCAGGACUGAGGACAAGGAAUUUGAUGACCUAGAGGAGAGAUUCCAGUGGGUGUCUUUGUGUGUGACGGAGCUCAAGAGCAACAUGGCUGCUUACAUGGAUAAUCUGAAGGCUUUCCUUUGCUUCCGGCCACACGAAUGGAUUCUGGACAUCCCAGGGGAGCCUGCAGAACAGUACUGCAGCCUAGCCAGGGACCUUCAACUCGAGGCCUUCCUGAAGUUUAAGCAGCGACUGGAAGGCCUGGUAUGGGGACCACUGUGCAGCCUGGCCAGAGCCCUGGCUGGCCCUCAGAACUUGAUCAAGAAGCGUCUGGACAAACUCUUGGACUUCGAGCGAGUGGAAGAAAAACUGUUGGAUGUGGGCAGUGUGACCUAUGAGGAGGAAGCAGCCCGGCACACGUACCAGGCACUCAACUCCUUGCUAGUGGCUGAGCUCCCACAGUUUAACCAACUAGUCACGCAAUGGCUGGGCCAGAUCCUGUGCACAUUUGUGGUCCUCCAGAAGGAGCUUGCUGAUCAGGUGCUGAGAAGGGCAGAGAGCAGCAUGGCCCUGCUGCCUCAUCAGCAUGUCCUUGAGCCUGACUUCCAGAAGCUGCUGGAGGACACACUAGUCCAGAACAGCGGCCAGCUCCGUUCCUUUCAAGAGAACUUUGAGAAGGUGCUGCCACCCCCCACCACUCAGCCACUCCUCCCAGGCUCUGAGUACCAGCUUCAGGCUCUCCUGACCAGAUAUGGCCCCGGGAAGCUAUACCAGGUGACAAGCAACAUCAGUGGGGCUGGGACUCUGGACCUGACACUGCCACGAGGCCAAAUCGUGGCCCUCCUACAAAACAAGGAUACCAAAGGCAACAACAGUCGCUGGUUGGUGGACACAGGGGGACACCGGGGGUACGUGCCAGCUGGAAAACUUCAGCUAUACCACCAUAUUGUUCCCAGUGAGAAGGAGCUCAGAGGCCAGACGGGGAUACAUGAAGACUGCUGGCUUUCAACUCCAGAGCCCACCCAACCCUCUGUCCCCACUGUCCCAACCAUGACCCAGGUGGUGGCAGUGUACCCUUUUGUGGCCAGGAGCACGCAUGAACUGAGUCUACAGGCAGGCCAGCCUGUAACAAUCCUAGAAGCCCAAGACAAGAAGGGGAACCCAGAAUGGAGCCUGGUGGAAGUGAAUGGACACAGGGGAUAUGUGCCUUCCAACUUUCUGGCCAGGACCCCGAGCCCAACUCCCUGGGGCUGGAGCCUGCCCUCUUAGCAUGCCCUCUUUGGAGCCCCCAUUUUUCAGGAAAGGGAGAGGCUUCAAGGUUGUGUGACCAAACAGUCAUGAUGUAAAGCAAAAUGGGGGUGAGAGGAGGGAAGGGCAUUGAGAAGGCAGCAGGCAGUGGUGACAAGGCCUUACAGAAUGCCUGGUGUGGGUGACCAUAGUGGGUGGUUCAAGCAUCAUCACUCGUGUCUGCAUAAAGAAUCCAUCUCAACGCCACAACUGACCAGCCAGGGCUUGCCACAGCUUGAAGCUGGUCCUACUUGUACCUCUUGCCUCUUUCAUGUCUAGGAUGAAUGUAGCACACACGUGGGGGCAUCGCUGAAGAAGAGCCGCCUGCCUCAGUAGUGCACUUCCCACAGCACUGCCAGGAGCCACCAUUGCUUACUGGUUACCUUUUCUUUCUUGCUGCCUUGAGUUGAGUUACUACUAUGGACAGGGAACUGUGGAAAAUCGUGCUCAUACUUGAAGCCAUGGGUCCAGGUGAUUCUCUACUGGCUCUGGGAAUGGGUAUGACCUAAGCACAGUUCUGGAAUGUGUGUACAAACCCUGAGGUGGUUCCAGGGAAGAGGGGAAUUUGAAGGUGGAUGAGCGGGGUGUGUGAGGCUGAUGCCAAUCGUGUAUCCUGCUGCUGUUUUCUUUGGACGAGGAGACAAUGGGACUUGGCACUCAGUCACGGUGGAAGCUCUGUGAGAUAGGUGACUACUGGCCUGGUGGGUUGGAUAGGUGAAGAAUAGCUUGGUUUCCCAGCUCCGGAUGAAGAGCCAGGGGAACCCACGUGGCCUAGGUUUGUCUGGCGGCAGCAGAGAGCUUCAGUCAGAUGGAUGUGGGGGCUUAGGCAUAGGAUACAACUACAGUUUUCCACCUAGGGGGGAGGGCUGGAGAAAUGGCUCAGUGGUUAAGUUUUCCACCUAGAAAGAACUAAGUCACAGGAUACAGUAAAGAUGACAUGAGGAGGAUGCAGAGGCCCCUUGUCAACCAGGAAGUGUGACACCCAUGCAAAUACGGUUAGUGGUGUUGGCGUGGCCCAGCCAUUGGCUAGCCUGGAUAAGCAGACUGAAGCGGGCCUGUGGCCACCUCUCUUCUCAUGUCUAUGCUAACAGUGUGCCCUUUACCUUAAACCUAGGGGCCCAGUCAGUAUGGAUUAACAAUAGACACAUUUUGAGGCAAACCCUG